AUAAUUAUCUAAAGUUGAAAAUAAUCUGGAAGUACUGAUCAAACACAUAUAACGCCGCCCAGUAAACAUUUUUUAUAUAAAUUCAGACACAACCGAUUAUUUUCAUUCUCAGUUUAAGCUUCGAUUGUUUAUUGAGUUAAACAGGAACUGCAGAUAACACUUUAAGAUGAUGCUUUUUAUUGUUAUUUUGGGAAUUCUUUCCCAAUCACUUGCGCAAAACAAUGACAACUCGCAAACCGCAAAUAUAAACUUCAAAGUAGCUUCUGAAUCUUUCGUUAAACUCAUUCAAACUGCAGAUAAAGAAGUUGCUGAUAUAAUGAUCAAAAUGACUCAAAAAUCAGCUGAACUUUACAAAGAAUUAUUACCUUUGUUAGCACAUCUUUCGCUCAACGGUAAAACUGUUACAGUUAACAAUGUCGACGUUACUUUUAACAAAGAUAUUACAAUGGCUGAGUUUCAAAUCAUUUUUGAUAAGUUAAUGCAGUUAUUAAAAGGCCUCGAAAACUCGCAGCCAACAGGAACCUCUGAUUUUAUUGAUGUUGCAAAAAAUGUCCAGGAAGCUUUCUCAAGAGCUAUAGCAAAUCCAUCUGCAUAUUCUGACGAUUCUUGGCUCAAUAUAAAAAGUAAACUUCUGGAUGCAUUCAAGGAUGCCAAUGCAAUUGUUAGAAACUCGGUCAUUCAACUGCUUAACAUCUACCAUAAUCGUCUUGAAGAGUUAGCUGAUCAACUAGAACGUGUGCUUCAAUUGCUACCAAUAAAUGAAGAAAAGUGGGCGAUUGUCCGUAGCAAAGUUCGUGGCCUUAUUAAUAAACUCAAGGAUAAAGUUACACCAGCUGCAAUCAGCAAUAUUGAAUCCGCAGAAAAAACUGCCGAAGCUGACUUUAUUUUGGCAAUAGAGGAGAUAUCUAAAGAUCAAUCCAUCAGUAAAAGAAGCAUUUCUGAUAUUUGGUCAAAAGUUAAAUCGGCUGUGGGCAAAUUAGGAGACUCAAUUAAAGAUGCAACAAUGAAAGUCAUUGAAGAAAACAAGCCAAAAGUAUUGGAACAACUUCAAACUCUCAAAAUGGUUGUAGUUGAUGCAGCCAAAAAUAUUGUCAUUAGAAUCAACGGAGCAAUUAUAGAAGUCAUUGUUGGAAACCUUUCCGCGAUAAGUUAACACUGCCACCUAAUAAAAUUUAUAAUACAAAAAAUUAAAAAUGUAUUGGAAAGUUAAAAUAAAUUUAUUUAACUAAAA